AUAAAAUUUCUCCAUCCUCAUUCUUAUUCCUUAAUUUAAGAAAACAUAAAUCUCUCUCUUAGGUUUCCAACUUCAAAUUCAAGCUUUCUUGAAGGUCUUCAAUGGCGGUAUCCAGUAGUUUAUCGACAUCCUACGCUUUCAAUACUCUCAUUCGUGGUGGUUCCACCACCUCUUCCUCAUCGAUGUUUUGUUCUCCUUCUACGGUUAAAUUUUUUGGGAAAAAUUCCCGCCCUGGACAUUUUAAUCUUAAAUUAUCAUCUGUGAACCCUAGGUGUGAGGUUUCUUCAUUUGAAUCUUCUGUGGAUUCUAUUAGGACUUCUAGCAUUUCUGCUCUUGAAUUACUCAAAACCUCUGCUGCUGAUCGGUACACAAAAGAGAGGAGUAGCAUUGUUGCUAUUGGUCUCAGUGUUCAUACUUGUCCUGUAGAAAUGCGAGAAAAGCUUGCCAUCCCCGAAGCUGAAUGGCCACGAGCUAUUGAAGAACUAUGCAAGUUGAAUCAUAUUGAGGAGGCUGCUGUCCUUGGCACAUGCAAUAGGAUGGAGAUAUAUGUUGUUGCACUGUCUCAACAUCGCGGAGUUAAGGAGGUCACUGAAUGGAUGUCCAAGACUAGUGGAGUCCCAGUGUCGGAUAUCUGCCAGCACAGAGUUUUGCUAUACAACAGCGAAGCUACUCAGCACCUCUUUGAAGUAUCAGCAGGUCUAGACUCCUUGGUAUUGGGAGAAGGUCAGAUUCUUGCGCAAGUCAAACAUGUUACUACAGUUGGGCAGGGAGUUGAAGGCUUUGGGAGGAGUAUUAGUGGGUUGUUUAAGAAGGCUAUCACCGUUGGCAAACGUGUGCGGACUGAGACAAGCAUAGCUGCAGGUGCCGUUUCUGUGAGUUCAGCGGCUGUGGAGUUGGCCUUGAUGAAACUUCCUGCAGCUUCCCAUUCCAGUGCAAGAAUGUUAGUGAUUGGGGCUGGUAAAAUGGGCAAGCUUGUGAUUAAGCACUUAGCUUCGAAAGGGUGCAAAAAGAUGAUAGUAGUUAAUCGGAGUGAGGAGAGAGUUGCUGCUAUUCGUGAGGAAUUGCCGGGCGUAGAAAUCAUUUACAAACCUCUCACUGAAAUGCUUGCCUGUGCUGCUGAAGCUGAUGUUAUCUUCACUAGCACAGCCUCAGAUAGUCCGCUAUUUUUGAAAGAGGAUGUACAGACUCUCCCCCUUGUAGGCUCAGAAGAGGGAGGUGUUAGGCAUUUUGUUGACAUUUCUGUUCCAAGGAAUGUUGAGUCAUGCGUCUCCGAGCUUGAAAACGUGAAAGUAUACAAUGUCGACGAUCUCAAGGAAGUGGUAGCUGCUAAUAAGGAGGACCGUUUAAGGAAAGCAAUGGAAGCUCACACUAUCAUUGCUGAGGAAGUCAAAGAUUUUCAAUCUUGGAGGGAUUCCCUGGAAACAGUCCCAACCAUUAAAAAACUGAGAGAAUAUGCUGAUCAACUAAGAGUCGUAGAGCUUGAAAAAUGUUUGAAAAAGAUUAAUAAUCUUUCGAAAAAAGAGAAGGCAGCGAUUGAGGGCCUUAGUAAGGGGCUUAUGAACAAGCUACUGCAUGGUCCGAUGCAGCACCUUCGUUGUGAUGAGAGUGAAGGCAGAUCACUGAGUCAGACUAUUGAGAAUAUGCACGCAUUGAAUAGAAUUUUUGGUCUGGAGACCGAUGUCUCUGUAAUGGAGCAGAAAGUUAGAGCUAAACUGGAUCAAAUCCAGAAUUAAUAUAUUAUGCAGAAAUUUCUUCAGUGUACUAUAUUCCCACAUUCGAUAAUAAGGGGAGAGGUUCGUCAAGUUAUCAGGAAAAAUGUCAAUACUAACCAGGAAGGAAACCCAAGGGUUUCAUAAUUCAUUCAAUUCAUUGAUUUUUUUGUUCCUUUAAUUCUUUUUAACAUUGAAAUCGGAUUUCAUAUAACCGUAUACUCGUUAAUUUAUCCGGCUAUUCAAGGAUCCCAAGGAUGAGAUCUUUUUGGCUGUGUAGGAUUUAGUAGACAGUUCAAGUGUGUAUCUAGGUUUUGUAAUUAAUGUAUACUGAUUGUACUUGGUGGCUCUAGAAUUGUUCCACCCUUAAUGUAUAGUGCAGAAUUGUUCUUGGGAUUGUUCAACAUAGCAGAUAGUUUUUUUGAUAACUAAAAAUAAAUUUUACAAAUUACGAUCAAUUGAUUACUUCACAUCAUAAAGUACAGUAAUAUUUUUCAUGGGCAUUU